UUUGGGUUGGCAAUCAUAUAAAAAGGCUUGGCGCGAUCAGAUGGAGUUAUCAGUCAACGUUCGUUCUCGACCAGACAGAAAUCAGCCAAAAUGUUCAAGUUUGUGAUGAUCUGCGCAGUUUUGGGUCUGGCGGUGGCCAACCCCCCAGCACCCCAUUCCGUGGGACGCUCCGAGGAUGUCCACGCCGACGUCCUUUCCCGCUCCGAUGAUGUCCGCGCCGAUGGAUUCGACUCCAGUCUGCACACCUCCAACGGAAUCGAACAGUCCGCCAGCGGAGACGUCCAUGGCAACAUCCACGGCAACUUCGCCUGGAUCUCCCCCGAGGGCGAGCACGUGGAGAUCAAGUACGUGGCCGAUGAGCACGGCUACCAGCCGUCGGGCGCCUGGAUCCCCACCCCGCCCCCAGUCCCGGAGGCCAUCGCCCGCGCCGUCGCCUGGCUAGAGUCGCACCCCCGGCACCCGAGUACCACCACUAGAAGCCCUCUCUGAAAGCGGAUCGCACCAAGGACUGUUCCCUGCAUACCCUCGACCUACUAGUUUAAGCACUCUAAAUGUUUUUCGAAAUACAUGCAAUUGUUAACGGCAGAAACCA